AUUGGAUGGAGCGUGAGGACAUAUCCCAGUCACAGGGCUCCUGCUCCCUCCAGCCAUGACUCGCCGAGUCCUUCUCUUAACAGCCUUGGCCUUAUGCCAUGGGUUCAACCUGGACACCGAAAACCCCGUGAUCUUUCAAGAGAAUGCGAGGAGCUUCGGGCAGAGCGUGGUCCAGAUUGAGGGGUCCCGGGUGGUGGUGGGAGCCCCCCAGGAGAUAAAGACCGCCAACCAGACGGGAGGCCUCUACCAGUGUGACUACAGCACGUCGGCCUGUGAGCCCAUCCAGCUGCAGGUGCCCCCGGAGGCCGUGAACAUGUCCCUGGGUCUGUCUCUGGCAUUUGCCACCAACCCUUUCCGGCUGCUGGCCUGCGGCCCCACCCUACACCAAACGUGCAAGGAGAACACCUAUGUGAACGGCUUCUGCUUCCUGUUUGGAUCCAACCUGCGGCAGCCGCCCCAGAGGUUCCCAAAGGCCCUCAGAGAGUGCCCUCAGCAGGAGAGUGACAUCGCCUUCUUGAUUGAUGGCUCUGGCAGCAUAAACCCAGUUGACUUUCGGCGGAUGAAGGAUUUCGUCUCAACUGUGAUGAAUCAGUUCACAAAGUCCAAAACCUUGUUCUCUUUGAUGCAGUACUCUCAAGAUUUCCGGACGCACUUCACCUUCCAAGAUUUCAAGGCCAACCCUGACCCGAGGCUACUGGUGGGGCCAAUCACACAGCUUCAAGGGUGGACAUACACAGCCACGGGAAUCCGCAAAGUAGUAAGAGAACUGUUUAACAGCAACAGCGGAGCCCGAAAGAAUGCCCUUAAGAUCCUAGUUGUCAUCACAGACGGAGCAAAGUACAAUGAUCCCUUGGAGUACCGGGAUGUCAUCCCCGAGGCAGACAGAGAGGGCGUCAUUCGCUACGUCAUUGGGGUGGGCAAUGCCUUCACUAGCCAGGAUUCCCGCAAAGAGCUGGAAACCAUCGCGUCCAAGCCGCCUCGCGACCACGUGUUCCAGGUGACCAACUUCGAAGCUCUGAAGACCAUUCAGAACCAGCUUCAGGAAAAGAUCUUUGCGAUUGAAGGUACUCAGUCAGGAAGUAGCAGCACCUUCGAGUACGAGAUGUCUCAGGAAGGCUUCAGUGCUUCCAUCACCUCCAAUGGUCCCUUGCUGGGUGCUGUGUGGAGCUUUGACUGGGCUGGUGGAGCCUUCCUGCAUAUGUCAGAGGAUAAAGUCACCUUCAUCAACACAACCAGGGUAGAUUCAGACAUGAACGAUGCUUACUUGGGUUAUGCUGCCGAAGUCAUCUCGCGGGGCCGGGUGCAAACCCUGGCCUUGGGGGCACCUCGAUAUCAGCACACUGGCCUGGUGGCAAUGUUCAGACAGAGCGCUGGUGCCUGGGAGGCCAACGCGAUUAUCGAGGGCAGCCAGAUUGGCUCCUACUUCGGGGCCUCCCUCUGCUCCGUGGACGUGGACAGAGAUGGCAGCUCCGACCUGGUCCUCAUCGGGGCUCCCCAUUACUACGAGCCGACCCGGGGGGGCCAGGUGUCUGUGUGCCCCGCGCCCCGGGGGAGGGCCAGGUGGCAGUGCCGGGCCAUUCUCCGUGGGGAGCAGGGCCACCCCUGGGGCCGCUUUGGGGCAGCCCUGACCGCCAUGGGGGACGUGAAUGGGGACAAGCUGACGGACGUGGCCAUCGGGGCCCCGGGGGAAGAGGAGAACCGGGGUGCUGUGUACCUGUUCCACGGAACCUCGGGGCUGGGCAUCAGCCCCUCCCACAGCCAG